AUGUCCUGCGAUUCCACGCCGCCGGUAGAAAAAAUGUCUUCCAUCACAUUAACCGACAGCGUAGAAGAGGCCCAAUUCUCUAAACGCGUUCUGAUCCGCUCAAUCCUUCUCCGGCCGGACGGCGGUGCUGGCCUCGCCGGAAGAACAGUCCGAAUCGGUGGUUGGGUGAAGACGGGCCGGGAACAAGGGAACGGCACGUUUGCUUUCCUCGAGCUCAACGACGGCUCAUGUCCGCAGAACCUUCAGGUCAUCGUCGAAGCCUCUGUGCAUCCUCUCCGAAAGUUGGUCGCCACCGGCACGAGCGUACAUGUUGUAGGAGAGCUCAAGGUUCCUCCAGAAGGCGCGAAGCAGACGAUCGAGCUUAGGGUUAAGGACUUUCUCCAUAUUGGUGCGGUUGAUCCGGCGAAAUAUCCGUUGCCGAAGGCUAGGCUGACGUUGGAGAGACUCAGAGAGAUUCUUCAUCUACGCCCCAGAACCAACACAGUAUAA